GAUUUUACUUCAUUCCAGAAGAGUACGAAGCUUCAUCAUGAGGUUUUUAAUCUUCUCAGCUCUGCUUUUACUUGCGUUUACUGAAGCUAGAAGACUCAAUGCAAAUAAACCAGCUCGUCGUAUACCACGACCUGCCAACUGCUCAAAUAUUCAAAGCUUCGAACGCGGUUACAAAUAUACUUACGAUUAUGACGCAAUAGUGGAAAAUGUGAAUGAUCAAUCGAAUCCAAUCAACGGCGUUCGACUUCGAUGCGGCAACGUGGUGAUCACGGUUCCAUCUUCGUGUACUGGUGUACUGAAGAUCAGUGACUGCAAUGUCUACGAAGGUCGGUUGCUAAGCAACGGUUCACUUGCUUAUGACGUGGUAUCAUCGACGUCACGUGCGACCGAGAAGUCACUCAGGCGUAACGAGAUAUACUUUCACUUCAAUCAAGGAGAGAUUGGAAAGAUCUUCCUGAGCAACUUGGAUCCAAGUGACGUCUCAAACAUCAAAAGGGGAAUCUUGUCGGCCAUUCAGUUUAAAUUCACUGGUGUUGGCGUAAGGAAUCCACUCAGAACGCGAACCACAAUUGAUGAGGUCAGCAUCUUCGGUCAAGGUCCAGUAGAUAGGAUUGUGACAUCAUACAGGGAAGGAUAUGGAAGGGGGAUUCGUGUUGAAAGGAACUUAACACAACUAAAAGUUCCACAGAAACAAUGGGGUUCAUUCUAUAAUAUUUACCAUAAACCGAACUUGGUGGACUGGCUAUCUGACUGGUCAAUGGAAAAAUCCCAAGCCUUUUUCAACCGUGGCAGUCAGUCAUGUGAUUACACACUUGAACGAGGUCGCCAUGUCACUGAAGCAAGAUGUAUCGAAACUCACCCAAAACUAUUGGAUGCUGACUGUUUCCUCCAACCAAUGUACAGACAUCUGUUCUCUGCCGAAAACAAACCAGUAAGGAUCAAACUGAACGUUAAGCAGACAUCUGAUGGCAGAAUGAGCUCCAGUGAUCGAGUCACUUUAUCUCGUAAGUUCAAGAAGUUGUACCGUGAAGAUUGGUUGGUAUAUGAAGAACAAUGGGACGAGACAAUGAAGGGAGUCCUGAUGAGCUUUGACCCCGCCGCGACCUUUCGUGAUGUCAUCAUGUUGCCUAGCAACCGAUCUACAGGUGCAAUACUCACACAACUAACUAGAUCUGUGGCUAUGAUGUCACAAGAGGAGAUGACAUCAUUAUGGAGCAAUAUCCGAGCCUCGUGCACGAAUGAUGAGUUGGUUACUAAGGCAACAGAUAUCUGGGUUCGAAUUCUUACAGAGUGCUCCACUGCCAACUGGUGUUUGCAGGAAGAUUGCGACCCAAACCCCGCUUGCCAAGAUAGUUUGGCUCAGAUAAUAUCACCCAGGGAAAUUCGCUCAUGGACCCCUUCAUUUGAGCGAGGAGUGAUGAAUGCCUUGACUUACAUCCCAAACCCCAAUGUUACAAUCCUAACUACUGCACUGAACAUCUGCCGAGUUAAAGCAACCCCAGCAACAGUUCUUACUUUGGGAAAAGUGUUGGCUCGUCAUGUGGAGAUUUCUGAACAACAAGAUCAAGAAAGAAUCAUCCAGGAAACGGUUGCUUACCUCCGAACACAUAUUGCCAACCGAUGCAGCAUUCAAAGUGGUGAAGCAGCUGCAAUCAAGGAACCAAUGAUGAUUGCUGCAAUGAAGGCAUUAGCUGCUGCACCAGAAGCAGCUAUGGUUGGGGUCAACGACCUUUUGGAUUGCGCUCGUAACCCCAGGUCAUCCAGGGAGGUCGCUCUUGCUGGCAUGCAAGCAUUGAAAGACAUGCCAUAUGCUGAUCAACCACAGCUUCGAACAAACAUCCUGAGAAUAUUGGUCGAUAACUCGCGAAUCAUUGAAGUUAGAAUUGCCGCAUAUCUUCUACUUGUGUUGCAACAUCCAAGCCAAAACGAGGUUCAGGAAAUAAUGACAAUAGUCACAUCACCAACUGAAGAAAGAGCUUUGAAAUUUUACAUCGAAAAGCAUUUGGUGUCUGCUGUAAAAAUGCAAGAAACUUCAAUGUCUAUCUUGCCAUAUGAAUCCGUUGAAACAAUUCUUCGAGUUGCGAGAAGUCGACAAUUCAUUGAAGGAACAGAAGCAAUUCGCGCAGCAGCCAACUCCAAUGUUCAUGAGAAGAAAUACAGCCAGAAGAAAGCAAUCUACAUCCCAUACAUGUACCAGGAAGUCAACUUCACCCUCCAAACACAACUUAUGUUUGCUGACAACCAAUUCAUCCCAGUUUUCGCGAAUGCAACUAUCCUUGCUGAGGUUGCUGGUAACAACAUCACUGUGAUUCAAGCAACCCUUGAUCUUGAAAAGAUAAUGUCCAUUGUUAAGCCAUUGUUUGGCGACAAUGGAUUGCUACCUGACCAAUCACUGAGCUCUCUUCUUCAAAUCCCAAUCAUGCAACUCGUAACCCGUAACAACCUGGAUGUUAUUCCAGAAUCAGAACAAUCAGAAUUGUGGAAAAUACAAGACAAGGCAUGGAUGGCAUACAAUAUCCUGGCUUUCCAAAACAAACCACCAGUAGAUAUUACAAUCCUGGGGAUUCCCAUCAAGGUAGAAUCCCUGUUGCGAAUUCCAAACAUUAAAAAUCUCAACAUCUUAAAUUUGUGGAAGUUAAUUGACACCCUUGAGCAAGGAUUGGUCUACAAAGGUGUGACAUUCCAAAGAGCAAUGGAAGGUACAAUGGCCCACCCCACCUCCAUUGGUGCACCUCAUAUUAUGGUGUAUGACAUGUCAACUUAUUAUGAUCUUGAUGUGAAUAUUGUUGUUGAGGCAAAGAAACUUCUUCUCACUGGAGCUGGAAGGGUUAACCUUAAGUUCAAACCAAACAUCCGAGUUUCCACAUCUUCUCACAAUCGUGUUCAACUUCCAUUCGCUGAAUUCUCAGGAUCUGGUUACCAAUACUCAAUAAGUCAUAACAGCAGUAUCGAUGGUUCCAUUGUGGCAACACCAAGCUCAAUUGUCGCACAUUUUGAACCCCUUCCACCCUCCAUGCAACUACUCAGAUUCAAAGCUGAUCAGUUGGACGUUCGUUCUGGUCAACUGGUUAUAGUCACGCCCCAGCAAUCAUGCUCGAAGCAAUGCAUUGUGGGUAACUGUGAAGGUGGUUCCAGCAUUUACUACAAAACUUGUGAUGCUCCUGCCACUGAUAUUGGGUUGUAUGUUCAAAGUAAUGCAGUUUCCCACUACCAAGUAGCUACCUCUUGGGGUGCCAUGCAAACCAUGGUUGAUGGGCAGAAUGUACCAAGCCGUGGAAUUAACAUUGAGAUUGCCAGCCAGGAUUCACACCAACAAGCAUUGAACAGCAUUGCUAAAAUCACAACAUCUUACAUUCCAUCCGUGAAUGAAAUCCGCUGUGAAGUAGGGGUGAAUGGUGGUUCCCCCUGGAUGGUUAGGGGUAACGGUUUCAUCUACCGAACCCCUGAGGUGGCAUCACAAACCAUUGAAGGAUUGCUAGCAAGCAUGAACAUUACAAACCCGUCAGGGCAGCAGAUUGCAACUAACGUGCUUAACAUCAGAAAAACUGAGGAACAGACAAAUGAAUUCUUCAGCUUUUUCUUCCACAAUGAUGCCAUUGAUGCUUCACACAAAUAUAAAGUUCAAUCUCAACUACAACUCCCACUUGCUGGUCAGAUGACUGCAUCUGGUAUGAUCAAGUUGAAACCGGAUUAUUCUGGUUACUUGGCUAAUAUUCAAGUGAACCAAGGACAAAAUCAACUAUGUUCCAUCAAUGCCACUGGUAGUGAGGUCACAAUAAACAGCAAAGCUGGUUAUUUGACAUCAAUCAAUGUAAACGACAUCACAUCUCAAGCAAUCCCAUAUUCUGGCCUUCACUUAAUGCUAAGGACAACCAACAGCAGCAUGCAGCUCCUUCAGCAUGAGCUACACAUGGAAGCUACAAGAAGAAACAACCGGGAACCUGUGUACUUGAACACAAGGCUUGAUCUGAACACUCAAGGACCAAACCAGCCAUCACCAUUUACAUGGAGGGCCACCACGACCAUCAACUCUGCACAGAUUCAAUGGGACAUGAGCUCACAAAACAUCAGCCAUGUAAACAUCACGCAGAGACUUCUUAUCCCAAAGAUACCAAUUCCUAGGUCUAUGAUGUCUCACCAAGGUCAAGAUGACAUCAGAGUGAGUGAGUAUGACAUCACAUUUAAGCCAUAUGUUUACCAAGCAAAGGCAAUUGUCAACAAACAAGCAGCGGGCAAUACAAUUGCCUCUCUCACAUUCAACAACUAUUAUGCUGACAGAAGCAUCAUGGGUGUUUCACUCCAUGCACGAAAACCUGAAUAUGAAGUCACAUUCCAACACCAACCAAAUGAAUGCUACAGAUGCCACUCAAUCACUGUUAACUUACCACUGAUUCAACUAUCGGAACACAUCAAGUCAGCUGGAAAUUACCAUCAAUACUCAGCCUUGGUUGACAUGCACCACUCCUUACUUGACUUGGUAAGGAUACCACGCAGUGUCUCCCAUAAGAUCAAUUAUUACUUGAAGAAGAACGACAGACUGAAGGUGGGAUACCACUGUGGUUACAACUUCCAGGACAAUAACUUUAAUGGUCAAGUUGGUUACACCUUAGCCGAUAAUGCAUUUGAUGCCAUCACUUCAGUUCAAGUUCAAGAUGAUUGGAAAUUUCGGGCAAUACUCAACACUACAUGCGACAACUGUGUACCAAUACUGCCAGCCACCUUUAAAUACAACCUGGGUCUUUCACACACCCCAACUGCUGAGCUCACAGAAGUACCAGCAUCAACGAAAAACAAUUUAUUCCAAAUUGAUUCAUCGUUUAUCCACAAAAGUGGGCUGGUAUACAACAUGUCUGCAGGUUUUGCAACUGCAUUUAUUGGAAACACUUUGUUCAAAGUGGACACCAAUGUAAAUGCAAUGUACUCCGCAAACCGAGGUGUCUUCUUGUACUACUACUUCCCCAAGUCUGUAUACAAAUACUCUUUAUCUGGAUCAGCAGUUCUUCGUGACCAAGAAAACUACGCCAGAACUGGCCAAGAAUAUACUGUUUCCAUGAAAGGAGGCAUCUAUCCUGACUCACCACAAUGGGUUGGUAUUUUGAGGACUGGGCGUAUAGGUUCAUAUGCUGCUGCCCCUGAGUUCUGUGCUAGCGGCACCUGCAGACUAAACUCUAUUGAAUUAGUUCAGACCACCCAAUGCUCCAACUACUCCCAGUAUUACUCAGCUAAAGGCGGAGUCAACAACUUUGCUGCAACCAAUUGCACAACACUCAGUGGCAAACUUAUAAGCACAAGGUCCGAAUUCAACGCCUCUCUCCGCUUUGAUGGCUCCAGAAACGCCAAUGCUUGGCUUAACCACUUUGUAUUAGUGCUUGGACAAUCUACUCCCCAAAAAGACAUGCAGUUGUACAUUGAGCAACCUCAAGCAUCAGCCUACCUUCCUGCUAAGUUCAGUUUCAAUGCCACCUUAGGUGCAACACCUUCCAUUGCGUUGGACACAGACAUUGUGACUGUGGGUCUAUCUUACAAUGAAGGAAUUCAAGCUCAGAUUGAAACCCGACAGAUUCCACUGCGGUUGAACUGCCGUGCUGAGGUUAGAAGCCAACAAGGUAUAAACAUCAAUAUCCCAACAUGCAGAGUUGCAUAUCCAUCCAUUGAACCACUCGACAUUCGUGUGAGGUCAACUUUCAACUCACUAUCAUCCAAUACAGUCCAAAUGCAGGUACAAAAGAGCAGCAACAACAUCCAAGUAUUUAACAUGAACCUCCAAUCCCAUGAUGCAGCUUAUGAUUGGGUGAUCGCAUGCGGUGACCCAAGUGACCAUUCCUCACCUUGCUAUGCACGCUCACAACUGGAAUCAACCGGUUUAAGGUGGAUUUCUCGCAUCAACAUAAGGCAGUGGAACCAUACAGCAACCAUGCUCAUCCCACUCGAUAUGGACAUCAACAGAUUAAACAUCAUCACCAGCAACAGCAUGAUGACUCCCAUGUUCAAUGAACCUCUGGUUAUCUCUGCUGAAUCAAAAUUCCCAUCCGGAGAAGGCCUUUGGAUGGAUGCCACUUGCAAUUCAAGCUCUACCUUCUCCAACAUUUUGAGGAUCAGAAACGGAGGACUUAAAUCAAUGCUAAUGGAAGGCAGAUCAAUCUACAUCCUACCAUUGGCUGCUUCAUAUAGUUGGUUCAACACAAUCAAAAAAGAAAAUGAAGACAUUGAGGUUAUAUGCCAAUGGAGGUUCCGAAAUAGAACAGACAUGCGAAUGGUUAUGUACCAUGGUCCUAAUGUACCAACUGCGACCCUACACCAACCUAAUGCAGCCCCAAGCACCUAUAUACGUGGGUUCAACGUCAGUGUAACUAACUGCUACAACCCCUAUGGUCUUGCAUUGGUCAACCAGUAUGCUGAUAGAACUUCCAAGUUAUUGAAAUCCAGAGGGACGACCACUACUAACAUCUGGCCUUUUGUUUCUCAAACUGGGGUUUCUAAACUCUUCUCUUCAAUCUGGCCUUGUACUGCUUGUUUGGGUGAAAUUGAUGGUGAAAUGGCUUAUGACGCAACCAACCCAACCAACAAACAAGCAAUGCUGCGCGUCUUGUUAUCGAAAAGAAACCUCUUGAGCAUGAUGUACAACAUGGGAACAAGGGCAACAGACCAAGCUGCUUUUAUAUCUGGCAACACUGAGAUGAGGUUCAACAUGGACCAGACAUGCCACCCACAUAUUCGUGUGGCCACCACAGUUGAAAUGCUGUCCGGUCAACGAUAUUUCCUUAACUCCAGGAUCUUGUCGGAGAAUUUGGGCUACUUGUCUGCAGACAUUAACGAAACAUUCACAUCCACGGUUGGUCAAAUCAUCCAAAACGAAGCAACCAUAGACACACAAUCGCUCUCCAUCAAGAACUUAGUAGCAUGGAGAAAUGACAUCAUCAGAGUCGUUUUGAGGACCCCCAACACACCAACCCCAACUUUAGGAAUGGACGUCACAAUCAGAGGACGCGAGAUCGAGAUCCAAGACUUGGUCAUUCCAAUUCCCAGCAUGAAUGUUAACCUGAAGAGAAUGGACAUCCAGAUAGUUAGAGAUGAUCUUGGCCAAUGGACAGGAAUCAACAUGCAUGAUCUUACGGUGAUCAUUACUCCUCUGGAGGCGGAUCCUAUCAGAGUUACUGGACAUGCGGUGAUGCAGAUUGGAGGAGAAUGGGACAUCAACAUCAGGGACACAACAUCAAGGAUCAUCAAGAUCAUCCUCACUGCUCAUCCGGGAGCAACAUGGGAGAUGCACACUGAUGUAUUGAUGGACCUUCCCAUGCUGAGGCACGAGAUGCUUGGAAACUUCUUGCUUUCUGACACAAGAUAUGUUGAUAACUUGAACUUAUCUUUGGUUAUGAGAAACCCAACUUCAUCUAAGAUGGUUCCUGUUAUCCUUACCAACUACCAGGCUGUCUUCAACAAAGAUACAACUGCUCAAAUGUGGAGAGGAAGUUAUAGCAGCUCCUUUAUGAUGUGGGGAGUUUGGAUGAAUAACAACCCCAUGAGAACAAAGUUGGUCAUCUCCCCAACCUCUGACAACACUGGCUCCACAAUAAUGAUGAGGACAUGGACAACAGAUGAUCAAUACCUCAGCACACAACUUAUGAUCUCCAACCAAUGCAGAGGUUACUGGAACGCAGUGAAGGGAAUAAGAAUGUGUAUUCCUCGCAGUAUUAUCAUGAGGAACGCAGCACGUACUCCAAUGAUUACAACUAACAAUGUGAUCGAAUGCACACCUACACACUACGCAACUGACAUGACAACAACACUCAACACAUGGAACCCCAUGACUACUACAUGGACACCAUUACUUGACAUGGCAGCCAACAUGAAUGUUACAAUUCCAACUCCCACAACUCUAACCACCGGCAACUGGAACAUGACAGUUAACUUGAAUCAACCCUGGCCUAUGACAAUGUCAACCAACACAACCGUUACCACAACAACAGAUGGAAGAAACAGGAUUGUGACAUCAUCAUGGAGGAUCGGGAGAUGGCCGACAACGAAAAUUGUGUUGUCUCCUCCAAGGACUACUUCCGGACCUCAAAGGAUGACGAUCACAGCUCUGGAUAUGGAAAUCUUAGCUAUGGAUGUUGCUACAUCCGGAUGUGUUCGUCUUCCAAUCAUCACAGAGUAUUGCCUCCCAUCCACUAUUGCUCUUACCAACAUCAACACCAACAUCCCAUUGACGAGGAUCAUCCGCAUCAUCCCAGUCGUGGAUGCUUUGCUUCCUUCCAAUGCUCCGGAAAUUGAUCUUCAGUUGACAGGAUCAUCAACAACAAUCAACAUCAACAAUGCCGGCAACUCGUGGACGGUUUCCACAAGUUCAACCAUCAACUGCAACCAGUUAAUCACCCCAUUGAGAAUGGAAACAAAUACGAUCUGGUCGCCGACAACUUUCACCAACACAGUAACAAUGAACAAGUGGGUUGAAACGUGGACAAUUACUUUUAUUCCAAGCACAAUGGCAAUGACAAUGGACCUCAGUAUUACAUCACCAAUGUUGAUCAACCACAUUCGAGUUGACUCCCCUGGCAUCCUAAGGCUGAACACUCUGGUACUUCGUGUGAAAACUCUCGGAGAACUCGGAAGAAUUAUUCCGAUGGACAUCGACUUGGAGUGGCAGAAGAACGCUCCUUCCUGGAUGUUGGAAGUCCGAUCUUUCUACUUUGAUCUUGCAUCCCUGAUGAAGAUGAAUGUCUCCUUUAUCCUUGACAACACAAUGAUGAGAUCUUUUGUUCAUUGGGAUGUCAGGUCUGAUCGCUUCCCGAUCUGGAAACAAAUAGUUGAGGUUGAUCUUCGAUGGAGACAAGCUUCCAAUGAUUGGAUUUGCUCUUCUGCUAUCAGCAACCUCUUCAUAUGGACAAGGAUUAACUCGAGCAUCAGUAACUGGGCCAUCACUCCAAUCUCCGCAACCAUUGGUCUUCCAGACAGUCCUAAAGGACUGGAUGUUGCCCGAGAUCCAAGGAGACAGAGUUGGACUUUAACUUGGAGUGAUACAUUGUUGUACAGAUGUGAGGCAGUUCCAUUAACGGCAAACUCAAUAACCUACCAGAUCAGAUGUUACAAGGCACAGCCACGCCAAGUAAAGGUACCGACCUUCACUACUGAAGUUGCAAACUGGCAGAUGAACCUUGCCCCACUUACCAACCCAUCUACUGCAGUGGUCACCAUUAUAACCCAAGUUAUCAGGUUUAACUUUACACAAUUAAAGGAUGAAAGAGGAAUUGAAGAUUUACUGAGAUCUAGAUGCCAUGUCACAGACGAAGAAUUGGCUGCUCGCGUUGCCAGAUAUGUUACAAGUGAAGCUAAAACAAUGUUGGAAAGAUGGAACAUGGGAUGGAAACAAACUUAUGGUGUGCCUGCUAUGGAAUACAUGUGGGAACCAUCUAACUAUGAAGUGAUCAUGGACAGUGCUGGUUUGUUGCAGCAAGUUUUUGGACAAGUGACAGGCAACAUUAUUAGAACUGGAGUUGUAACUGGUAACAACUGGAUUGCAUUGCAAGCAAAUGUCACUUGUGCCAGAUGUGCAAUGCCAGUGGCGAACAUGGAAUUGAAACUCAUGUUAGCCGACAACCCUCAUAUACUUGUCAACACUUCAUUAUCUACACCAUUCAUGGUCACUUACAUGAUCUGGAAUGCAGGCAUGCCAGUGAAGCCUCUCCACUUUGGUCUCCGUAUGUUAAGCAAUCCAACCACGAGCCCACAAGCAGAGAUUGACUUCCACUUACCCGACACUGGCCCAGUAACCACCACCAUCACUCUGCAUGAGGUAAACGGGGAGGUUGUGCAAUGUAAUGGAAGAUCCGACAAUGCCUUGACCACCAUGCAUGAGACAUGCAACAAAAUGCAGGGAGCAACAAUUGGCCCUCAAGUGGCGAGUUUCGAUCUUCCGCUAACAUGGCCGCAUUUAAUCAAACGCACCGCCGAUGUCAUAAUGUCAACUAUGUCAACAAAACCAAAAGUUCGUAUGACAGAUGGAAUUUUGAUCAAAAACUCUGAUAAGGAACUUUCCAACAUUGUUUCAUCCGUCAUCCAUAUCAUUAAGUCAUGGCAGGGAAUUCACAACUAUUAUGUGCAAGAUGGACUAAAAGAAAUGAUCAUAUCUAUCUACGGAAUGGCUAGCAGUAUGAACCAACACAACUACUUGGCUUUGGUGGAAAACAUAAUGGAAAGAAUCCAACAACAAGCUGGUGAACAAGGAAUUAGAGUCCCAGUUAUGCACAUUGAAAACCCAAUAUACACUGCUGAUGUAUACCUUGAUAUUGGAGAUAUAGAAUCAAAAGCAUUUGGAAUAGUUCUUGAUAUUACAUCACCAAGGUUCCCAAUGCUAACUGGUACAACCAGAAUGGACAUGCAAUGGAAUGAAGCUUCCCAACCCAUGGUUAGGUUCACAGACAACAAGAACUUGUGGAAAAUGUCAACAGAAAUAAACCUCAGAACUUGGCAAAUCGGCCGAUCAGCUUUUGGGUUCACCGAUGACACGAAUGAACUUACCAUGACCCCUGUUAGGGGAAACACCGGCAGGGUCACAGGGUUCACUGCGGGGUUCCUUGACACAGAAAACACGAGAUACGAAUGCAACAUCGAUAUCGCGUACAACAUGGCUGUCACUUGUAACAAAAUGGUGUCAUCCACCCCAAGAGAGGUUUGUCACUUCAUCGUCCCGUCUCGUUGGCUUGGGUUAACUGAGCAAUCCAUUUGUGCUGCCAUGAUCCCACCCCUUGUAUAUACUGCUGCAUAUAAACCAGAGAUCUUGAAGACAAUGAUAAGGGAGAACUUCCACUAUACUGAUGAACACUCAUUGGAUGUUAUAGCAACUUACCUGACCAAGAGAUGCAGGAGAGUGGUCAACAAUGUCCACUCUCAUAUUAACAAUGCUAUGCAUGAAGUUGUGAGAGGAACAGGCUUGCCUAUUGAUGAAGAUAUUGCUGUUCGUGCAUUGGUAAACAUGAUGGUUAGUGACUAUGUAUUGAUGGCUCCCGGCAGAGGAAUCACCAGGUCACCUGAACAAGUCUUUGUUAGCUUGCUUGAAGGAAUAACAUACCAUGUUAUACAACCUGCUAUACAAGUAUCGAAGACUGCAUGUGAGGUUGGACAAUACGUUAACAGAUUAUCUCCUGCUGUUAGUAGAAGUGUGACCAACAUAAAUGUUUCUGCUAUUCUCGACGGUGGUUACCAAAUGGCAGAGACUUACUACAACACCAUGUACUUGCUAAACAAAGUGAUUUGCUCCCCACAGAAGGUUAUUCCUGUGUAUUUAGAUCUCUAUGAUAAUGCACGCAUCAGUGACUUUGUUUGGUCAUACAUCAUGAACACAGGUGCGAUCAGCAAAUCUAUCUUCUCUCCAAUAAGCCAACAGAUGAUAACUUAUGACGGCCAAUACUAUGAACUUCCCCAAUGGAGAAUGGAUGAAUGCGCAUACGUGUUUCAUACCGAUCCAAUCUAUAAUAGAUUCACUGGAUAUGUUAAAGGAACAAGCAGCUUCCUGGCUGUUCCUGGAUACUUGGUUGAAGCCACAUUCGAUCAACAGAUCUACGUAACCGACAACACAGGUGUUCGUACCAAGGUACAAUUCCCAUUCAUUGGAGGCAAUACCAUUGAAUGUGGGGUGUAUAGUAACGAAUAUGGAUAUUGUGAAACUGCGGAUUUCAAAGUGUUCAUGAAAUACCUGCCAAAGAGGAUACAAAUUAACCACAUCGUGAUCAAGAACCCGAUUUAUGUAACUGGUUUGAUGGGAACAUACAAUGAGGGUUACGAGGUCAAGCAACCCCUUGUAAAACCUGAUGGUUCAAUUGCAGCUGAUGUUGCUGACUUCCAAACCUCAUUUAGUCUCAGUGGAAGCAGUCAGUGUGUAGUGUCACAGCAGAGAAUCCACGACCGAUCUCAUCAAGGCCCAGGAUUCCAGGUUUGCAAACAAGCAUUCAACUAUCCAAGCAUACAAACCAUCGCACGAAACCAACCAACUUACUACAACUCAUUCCUCCAAGCUUGCACAGAUGGUUGUGCAACACAAGAGGAUACUUGUCUCUAUGUUAAUGAACUUGUGGAUGAGUUGCGCUUUAGGGGAAUCCCAGCAAAACAGAGCCCAGCCUGCUUGAAAUGCAACCGAACACCCACCCCAUCCCUUACCACACCACAACUGCACAUUCUUGUUUCACUGAGUCAAGACACACAACAACUUGAUCCUCAACGAUCUCUUAGACUUCUUGUUUCAAAGGCACUUGCUAAAUAUCAGGCAAUGGGAAUAAAUGGAGCCAGCAUUGGACUUAUAACAUACGGUGGACAAGGUGGACUUUAUCAACCAAUGUUUAACACAAUAAACGACAACACAACUUGUAGCGAUCAAGACGCUAUUAUUAGCAUCAUAAAGAAACUGGAAUUCAAUGGACCACAGUACCAUUCAUCUUCUACUGUUGCUGCUGUUAAGUUUGCCAUGCAAAACACCAUGCAAGCCACUUCAGGAGUUGUGAAGAGUUUGCUCGUACUCGCUCCAGAAUCACGUGAACAGAAUAUCGCACAAGUCAACAUGAAUGGUUUGAUUGACAUCAUCAACAACGAUAUGACAUCAUUGCACCUGUGGUCGCCCCUGACAACAGAGUUAUGUGGGGAACUUGGAAUCGAAUCUGUUAGAAGGACUGGAGGAGCUUGUGUUGACGUCAAACAACCAUCAGCACGUGACCUUGCAUCUUCUAUUAUGACGUCACAACAGCAGAAGCUCGGGUCACGUGUGUCAUGUACCUGUCAUGUGGCAAACUACUACACUGGGUUGAUCGAGAACAAAUGUUCCUCGUCGAUCACUUUCUAAGUGACGUCAUCACAGAUGACAUCACGAUCCGGACUCCCUAUCAGUGUUAAAUGUAAUCUUGUUUUAUUAUAGCCGUUUGCUCGCGAUAAAAAAAUACAAUUCGCUCAUUCA